CGCCAACCUGCAACAAGUUUGACAGCAGUUUAGUUUCCCUGCUUGGCAACCUAACGCAGCCGGGACUAACCCUAACCCUAACCCUCAUCUUUAAAAAAAAAAAAAAAAACAUUUUAAUCGAUGUCGCUUCCCGUUUCGCUUCUCUUCUUGGCAAUGAGGACUUUUCUACGACCGUAGUUUUUUUGGCCACCCUCCCUCUCCUCCUCUUUGUUGUCGACCUUAGGUGGACAUCUUCAACCGUCGCGUUGGAGUUGUAUUUUUGUAUCUCCAUUUUUUUUUUCCGAAAGGGAUUUAAACAUGUCGAGGAGCGCGGAGGAGGUGAACAAGCUGACUGAAAGUACAUACAAGAAUGUGAUGGACCAGUUCAACCCGGGUCUGAGGAACCUGGUCAACCUGGGAAAGAACUACGAGAAAUCUGUGGCGGCAAUGACCUUGGCAGGAAGGUUGUACUUUGACGCCAUGGCUAAAAUUGGCGAGAGCGCCGUUGUGUCUCCCGUCUCCAGAGAAUUAGGAAUGGUGCUAAUGGGAAUCUCCGAAGUCCACAGGAAAGUUUUUUUCGAGUGGGAGGACAAUUUCAAGAGGUUCCACAGGGAAAUCAUAAGUGAGCUGGAGCGAAAGACCGACAUGGAUGUGAAAUACAUGACUGCCACGUUUAAGCGGUACCAGAUGGAGCACAAGCUGAAGCAGGACUCGGUGGAGAAAUCGCAGGCCGACCUGAAGAAGCUCAGGAGAAAGAGCCAAGGCAAAAACGCCAACAAGUACGAGAACAAGGAGAGCGAGUGCGUGGAGACGCUGACGAGCCGCCAAAUGGACAUGCAGCUGUUUAUCGCCGACGGCUGCAAAGAGGCUCUGCUGGAGGAGAAGCGGCGCUUCUGCUUCCUGGUGGACAAACACUGCAUGUUCUCCUAUCAGAUCGCAUCGUUUCAUGACAAGGCGAGAGAGAUCCUGAUGUCCAAGCUGAGCAGUUGGCAGGACCAGUGCAACGACGCCACGGACAUGCCCGAAAGCGUCACGAGCAUGAUCGAGGGACUGCGUAUGCCCAUCUCAAUAACGCCGCUGCCCUCCCCCACCCCCUCGCGACACAGUCUGAACAUCUCAGCUCCGCCCGCUCCAUCUCAGAAGGCGCACGUCAGCCCUCUCGUCAACAUGUUCUCUCCAGACAGCAAACAAAGUUCCGGCGUCACGAGCAGAAACACCACCACCACAGAUCACGAGAGCAACGGCGAGAGCAAUCUGGCCAGGUCGGUGUCGGUGGCCACGGGUCUCAACAACGUGGCGAGCAAAAGGCCGCGGGUGCGCACCAUCUUCCCCCACACGGCUGGCAACAACAACACCCUGCUCAGCUUCGACGAGGGCGACGUCAUCAUCCUGCUCAUACCCGAAGAGAAGGACGGCUGGAUGUACGGCGAAAUGGAGAAGAACGGAAAGAGGGGCUGGUUCCCCUCAUCAUACUGCCGUCCAUUCUCGGAGCCGCUCGUGAACAACAACAGUGCGUCGGCGACGACGCCAUUCCGCAGCCGCAGUGUGGUCAACCUGCACCACCAGGACACGGAAACAGACGAGGCCACCAUGAUCCUCCCGCCGGAGGACUACGGCGACGGCCCCCGCCGCGCCGCCAUCAAGACUCGCCAGCCCUUCGCCGCCAACAAUCACGGACACCACUCACCCACACCCUCCGCCGUCUCCUCCUCCUCAUUUGAUCAUCACACGACGAACCAGAUCAACGGCACUUCCAGACCUCCACCAGCUUACCUGGCGGGUGGCAACCCGUUUUCCACCGUGCGACUACGUCCGACAGUCACCAACGACCGCUCGGCCCCGGUCAUUUGACCUCGGGUCAACCUUUACUUGUACAGGACUGAUUUCAGGAUUUCAACACAAAAUGUCUGUUUGGGGUGGUGAUAGUCGGAAACAGACACACGCCGACCGUGCACGAGGAGCUAGGAGAAAUAACUGUACACAUACGCUCACAUCUACAGUUGUCAGGAUGAUUGUUGUUUUGUUGUUGCCAUUGGGAAUGGAGGAGCAGCUCACCCAUCCAUGUAGGCGCUAGGCCCAGCUAGUUACGCACUACUUGUCUUCAAGUCUGGAAAGUUUAUUCAAGUUGUAGUUUCACAAGAAAGUCAUUUUCCCAGCAUAAAGUUUCAGUUUUACUAGAUCACCCCCGUUCUUAAAGAAUAAAGACUAACCAGUGUAAAAAUGUGCAUAAUA